UCGAACGGCGUUAAUGAUGAAAUGUUUUACAAUGUUUUUAUGCUAUUCUUGUCGAAUCUAUCCAACAAUGUUAUGUCGCUGUUACUAAUGUUAAUUCCCUAAUUACGUAUAUUUCAGUAUUGGUAAGUAAAAGCGGUAAUUCUGAAUUUGAGUUGAAUCCGCCCCAAUUCGUCUCAUCGAUUUAUUAAUGUUAGUUUUAUGAGCAUCCUAGGUCGUUCAGUAUAAAAUGCCGAGAUAAUAAUCUUGAAAUUUCUUCAGAGCUUUUUCAUAAGCUUAUUUCUUUCACUUUCAAUUGAGCUAUGAAAAGUCGAUUAUCUACGCGGGUAAUGUCCGCUGAAUAUGGCAAAUAACAGAACUCGUUCAACCGUAGCCAUCGGAUUUUCACCAUCUUGAUCUUCAAAGUGUAAGGUCGAGCGUUAUCGUGCGAUAUAAAUGGUUUAGCUCUGCUAAUUAGCUUUAGUUAUUUAUUAUCUCCCUUGUUAAUCAUUCCGUCCAGUUGUUGAGGUUACACUUGAGCCGUAGUGUACGAAUCAACACUCAUGAAGUUCUAGUAAAGAACACCUCUAUUAAACCACUAAAUAGAUACAGUGAACAGGUGUACAUUUGCUCCACCAGCUUAGUUGCGUGCCUUUGUCCGUGUGACCAUCUGCGGUUAUCGUGAAAAAUCCAUCACGAGUCACAAUUUAAUAACGUGAGUGCAAAGAGUAACAAGCGUUUCUACGUUUUUGUUUUUGAUCCUCGCUUAAAUCAUUUUACAAUUUUUUGUCACACUAGUUUCAACAAGGUGAUAAACUGAGUACUGUAUUUUUAAGUACGCUAAACCUGAGUGCUAACACUAGAAACUUGAAGAUGGGGUGGUUUCCAACAGAUCUUUCAACACUUAUUACUCGCAUUCACAUAGCUUUUUCCAGAAGAUCUAAUUGCGAACUCAAGGUUUCCUAAACCAACCGCUCACUGUGCUUUCAGUAGUAAAUCCUUCAUGGAAUGCAGAGAGGUUGAUACGGCGAUCCGUUUCUGCCCCUGUAGUUCCAAGACAAAACCCGUAUGGGUAAACAUGGAGUGCGCAUAUUCUGUAUCGGAACGGUUUCGGCGAGAUUUCUCGCUAACGCCGUAUAGUUUAUCUGUAGGAGUGGCUGUGUUGGGCCAAUGUCAUCAACGUUUGCUGCAGAUAAAGCCGUUCGAUUCAGCGCAGCUUCCAUUGAAAUUAACUAGAGCGCAGCAGCGUAACGCAAUGUUUCUGUUUCUGCGACUUAUCAAUCAGGCAGACAUGGGAUACCAGGAAUUGCUUAACGUGUGCUCGAAGGCAUUACAUCCUGCAAUUUACGCAGGAUUAAUUCGUGAUAUGAGUUUACUACGUGCUGAGGGCAUGGACGCGAUUCUUCUUAAAAUCAGAGAGAUCGAAAGAUUGUUUGCGGAUACCAACAUAAAUUCGGAACUCUGUGUGGUUCAUCGAAAUUCGGCUGUUGGAAAGUUUCUUCGAAAACUUGCUUUAGCAGUCGGAUCAUUGGACUUUACUUCACAUGUUCAGUUCGCACAUCGGGUAGCACGAUACGUUGAUGAGGAAACAAGUGGACGCUGUCUUGCGGAGGUAGACCAACCUUUAGGUCAAGUUACGCUUGAUGAUGUCUCAAUGGCUAUUGAUACGGCAGCAGAUGACGGCGAUGAGGGACCAAGUGUACUUGACGAGUCCGUAAUGGCUCUAUAUGGCAAGGAAAAAGCACGAGCAUUUCUUAGACGGCAAGGGCAAAAACUUCGAGACAACCCUGCUGCUGGACUUCCGCCGAAAGAACUGCACCGCGAAAUUGUUCAAAUACUACGUAGCAGUCCAGACAUGGCCGAAGUGUACUAUCUGUCAUUUAUGAACCAUCUAACGUUUGGAGAAUACGUAUCCGCCAUAGAGGACUGUCAUAAGCAUUUUCUAUUGAAAAGAAAUAUUGCGGGGAAAAAGUUCCGCUAUGCACUGCUAAACUUAGCUAUGGUCCAUAGACGGUUUGGACACAUGAAACAGGCUGAGCUUGCUUUAAAGGAAUGCAUCGAUCUUUCGCAACAAUCUAGUGACAAGGAAUGCCUUCAACAUGCAUUGGCAUGGCUUUGUCGUACCAAUCAGGAUGUAAUGAGCUGCUAUAUCAGGACUUCGAUCGUGCAGAGCUGUCAACAACAGCUGUGGUCAUUGUAUAGUCUCGGAUUGCAAACCCUUUCACGCUUGGGUGCUAUGAGUGGUUGUCCGCCUAGCACUUGUAUUGAAAGCUUAACAGGCAAAUGCCCUAAACAACUGGAAGCUCCAGAGGUGCAGGUUAACCUUGCAAUAAGCUCUGCCAUUCUUUGGGUGGGUUACGGUUUUCAUCAGAAUGCCAAGCUGCAUUGCGAGGCCAUCUUGCACUUGAGUCAAACGCGGGUAACACCCUCUCACCGGGAUUGGGUAGUAGUUAACGAAAGUACCAUCAUGGCCUUAGUAUUCGUAGCACGUUACGCCGUACUGGACUAUGAUUAUGAGACAGCACAAAAGCUUAUAGACGUAGCACGCUCAAUGGUUCCAGAGUACGCGGAAUUGAAGCACCUUGUCGAGUUGGCAGCUUUAUGCAAUACAUGUGAACGUGCACUUCACAGAGAUCAAAUAGAGGAGUGUGAGUCUGCUGUUGCCUCUUUAGCUUUACUGUCCACUUCGGAUGCCCAGCUUUACCGGGUUAGAUUAUUGCAACAGAUGGGCAAUUAUGAGCAGGCUGUAAAGCUGGUCAACUCAUUGCAAAGUGAGCAGGAUUCCUCAGGCGCAUACUGUAAUCUUGUGUCAAGACUUUUGCAGGCCAGGAUUUUGAUUGACGCUGGGGGAGACAACGCCAUACAGUUGAUUUUACGUGGUCUUGCCGUUUGCGACCGAUUCCACCUGCGAUAUCUAGAGGCAAUGUUCAAGCUCGAGCUAAUUCGCGCUCAGGCAAGAGCUGGGUUUUCUCAAGAUCUCUUACGGGGUACCUUAAAAUCGGUAACUCCAAUGAUCUUAUCGCACGGAUCCAAGGAGGACAAACUGCUUCUUAGAAGCAUCGAAGCAGAAGUGGCAGAUGGAGAACAAUCAAUUGAAGAGAUGACGGUAUGCUUUGAAGAGUGGCAGGCUUUGGGAGACUUCUACAAAGCUAAACGAGCUCUGCAGUUUCUUGCAAAACGUUGCCAUGACAGUGAAGAUUUUAAGCGUCGAAACGAAUUUGCUAAGAUGUUUCGUCAGAUGGUAACUCGAAUAUGAUGUCAAAGCCCAUGGCGCGUUUAAUGAAGCAUAAUGGGACAGGCUUGAUUAAAUGAGAACUAUGUAUAUUGACGUAAAUAUAAUUUUUAUAAUGCUGCUUUGUCGUAAUUUCGUGUGUUAUCUAAGCACUGCUGUUUUUUUUGGAAGCAAUGAAACAGUGGUAAUGCUGAAUCGCCCGGUUAUAGGUUAGGCAUUAUGUAACAUUGAUAGGUAAUUAUGGUCAAUAGCUUCACUCAACCUUGAUACCCAGAAAUCAUUAUUUUAAAAAAUGUUCUAUUCCUGAUAAUUGUAUUUAACUAAUAAACAUAACUCCA